CUGGGAAUUACGUCACCUAUGAACCCGGAAGCAAACGUCACACACGUCGUCUACGUAAGUGCGUGGUAUGUUGUUAUUUCCUAAAGAUGGUGUACGUGUCGAACGGUCAAGUUCUGGACAGCAGGAGCCAGUCACCAUGGCGACUGUCUUUACUGGUCGACCUGUUCUGGGGAGCUGUGGAGUUUUUUGGCCUUUUUUUUAAAACAAUAAUUCACCCUGACCUGACGAAAGAUGGACGUAGUGGUUCGUCACGGUUUUCUGAUGGCAGAGGUCCUCCGGGUCCCCCUGGUGGCCGAAGACGGAUGGGCAGAAUAAACUUUGGUGGCGGGCCCAGUCCUCCUCCAAUGGGGGGAGGAGGAUGAGGAAGGUGA